CUGGGCCGGGCUGUCCGGCGGCCUGGCGGCACUGGCGGGGCGGGGAGGAUGAGCGCAGGGAGCAGCAGCAGCAGCAGUACUAGCGGCACAAGGAGCAGCAGCAGCAGUACAAGCAGCAGCAGCAGCAGCAGCAGCAGCACAAGGAGCAGCAGCAGCAGCGUUGGGCGCUGAGCCGAGGCAGGGCAUGGCGCUGCCGGGGGAGCGCGGCGCAGAGCCGCAGCCCGGCGCCUCCCGCCCCGCCGCCGCCGCCGACGAUGAGGACGGCGGCGGAGGAGAACCAGGAGGAGGAGGAGGAGGAGGAGGGCAACCGGAGGCGCUGUCGCUGGAGGAGAUCCUGCGGCUGUACAACCAGCCCAUCAACGAGGAGCAGGCGUGGGCCGUGUGCUACCAGUGCUGCGGGUGGCUGCGGGCCCGCGCCCGCCGCGGAGAGACCCCCGCGGGCAGGCCGGGGGCGGCCGCGCACCUCCGCGUCUGGAGGGACGGCGCCGUCAGCAUGGAGCGGGGCGAGCCCCGGCGGCCGCCCCACAGCGCCGCAGAUAAAUCAGGCCGGUUACACUGCACAGAAAUGGAGGUUAUCGAAUCCCUAGGGAUUAUUAUAUACAAAGCCUUGGACUAUGGUUUGAAGGACAAUGAAGAGCGGGAAUUAAGUCCUCCGCUGGAGCAGCUUAUAGACCACAUGACCAACACCACAGAAACUGAUGGGAGUAGAGAUGAAGGAUAUGAUGCUCUGGAUGAGGGAGUGGAGGACGAUGACGAUGAUGACAAAGCAGAAGUUGAGGCUAUUCAUUCCUACAAAGAUGUCAUGAAGCUGUGUGCUGCCCACCUGCCAACCCGAUCAGAGGCAGCGAACCACUAUCAAGCAGUAUGUCGGGCUCUGUUUGCUGAAACAAUGGAGCUGUACACUUUCUUGGCCAAAAUUAAAAGUGCAAAAGAGAAUCUGAAGAAAAUUCAAGAAAUGGACAAAGAGGCAAGUGAUGAAUCCAGUACAGAUCUUGAUGACUUAAAGAAUGCUGACUGGGCUCGUUUUUGGGUACAAGUGAUGCGAGAUUUACGGAAUGGUGUCAAACUUAAGAAGGUUCAAGAGCGUCAGUACAACCCACUCCCCAUAGAAUAUCAGCUCACACCCUAUGAAAUGCUGAUGGAUGAUAUUAGAUCCAAACGCUAUACCUUAAGAAAGGUCAUGGUCAACGGUGACAUUCCACCUCGAUUAAAAAAGAGUGCCCAUGAAAUAAUCCUGGAUUUCAUCCGAUCACGACCUCCAUUAAAUCCUGCCUCUGCAAGAAAACUGAAACCAACCCCACCACGGCCACGCAGCCUUCAUGAGAGGAUAUUGGAGGAAAUCAAGGCAGAGAGAAAGUUGCGUCCAGUCUCACCUGAUGAGAUCAGGCGUAGCAGGCUGGAUGUAUCAGCGCCAGAGGCUGGAAGAAAAUUAGUGGAUGCCUCUGUAGCAAACGGUGGCCUGGCACCACAAGGAAAGCAGAAUGGGGCCGCACAAGUGACAGUGCAACGAAAGAGACUCCUUAAGGCUCCCACGUUGGCUGAACUUGACAGCUCAGAUUCGGAGGAGGAAUCAGUGCAUAAAUCAACAAGUAGCAGCAGCAUCUCCCCCUCACAAGUGGAAGACCCCUCUCAGGAAGGCACCAGCAGCAGAAAGACGCCUCCCAAGUUCUUGCCCAUAUCAUCUACACCACAGCCAGAGAGACGGCAGCCGCCUCAGAGACGACACUCCAUUGAAAAGGAAACACCAACCAAUGUGAGACAGUUUCUACCACCUUCAAAACAGAGCUCCAGAUCACUUGAGGAGUUCUGUUACCCGGUGGAAUGUCUGGCUCUGACGGUGGAGGAAGUCAUGCACAUCCGUCAGGUGCUGGUGAAGGCAGAGCUGGAAAAGUACCAGCAAUAUAAAGAUGUCUACACCGCUCUCAAAAAAGGAAAGCUCUGCUUUUGCUGUCGAACAAGAAGGUUUUCUUUCUUUACCUGGUCUUACACUUGUCAGUUCUGUAAGAGGCCUGUAUGCUCACAGUGCUGCAAAAAAAUGCGAUUGCCAUCAAAGCCAUACUCUACUCUCCCCAUUUUCUCACUGGGACCUUCUACCUUGCAAAGAGGAGAAAGUUUUAUGAGGCCAGAGAAACCCUCCACCAGUCACCACCGAUCACUGCGGAGCAUGCCCAGGUUGGCGUCAAGGUCCAAAUCCGUGGAUAAGUCCAGUGAAGAGCUGCAGUUUCCCAAAGAAUUAAUGGAGGACUGGAGCACGAUGGAGGUGUGCGUGGACUGCAAGAAGUUUAUUUCAGAAAUCAUCAAUUCAAGCCGGCGCAGCCUCUCUCUGGCCAACAAGCGAGCCAGGUUAAAAAGGAAAACGCAGUCCUUCUACAUGUCCUCGCCAGGAACCUCUGAAUACUGCCCCUCUGAAAGAACUAUCAAUGAGAUCUGAGCCUUGUGCCUUUUGCUUUGCUUUUGUCUUCAUGAGGUCACCAUCCAUAAGAAAGGUCACGAAAACUGGAUUCUCAUUCCGUUGCUUCGUUUCACUCGACAGGCUUGAAUUUGCAUUAGAUCACAGGAUUUCCUACUCCAAUGCUUUCCAGAGACACAGAAGGCUGUUUUUAUCUGUACAGAAUGGGAUGCAAUGGGUCAGCGCUGGAAGAAAAUCAGUAGUUUGAAAUUGUUGCCUCUUUUGUAUGUGUGCAUUGAAACUAGAAAGCUUUUUCUUGCUUUCAGUCCUCUUUUUGUUUUUUAACCAUUCUUCGAAUCAUUUUUCAGGAGAUGAGCUCAAACAUGUUUGAUGGAGAACCAAAUCUAACAAAGUGUCAGUGUUAGCACGGUAGCAAACAGCCUCGGGAUCGCUGCGUCGUGCGUCAGGAGAACUAGGCUGAAAGAAAGGCGUGAAGUCUCACUCUGAGCUCCCCCUCUCGUCGCCGGUUUGAUUUUCUCCUGCGGGCGCCCUGCCCACGUGCUGCAGUCGCUCUGACCCUCUGCUCCCCGUCCUCUUCCUCGGCAUCUUCAAGCCGCUUAGCCGCAGUCUGCCCAGCAGCUCGUCUUCCCCUUUGAGACGGACGUAGGGCACCGCAGAGCUGGCAGCAGCAAGGACCGAGAAAUCCCGAGCGAUCCCCCGCGACGUGCCAAGGCCCCUCCGCCUCGGCAGCGCCGUGGGGCAGCGGCUGAGGCUCCAGCCAGCUUCGCAGGGGGUAGCGUGGAGGGGGGAGCUCAUUUCCUACGCUGCCUGCAUCUCUGCGGAGAGAGAGGGCUGGUCGUAGCUUUCCACCUCGCUGCUUGCUCUGGCAUCCCCGGUCCCCUCCCGUCGCUCGCCUGCGAGCCCCGCGGCGCUGCCCUGCACGUCCCGGCCCUGCUCUGAGCUUCGCGGCAGCGUCAGGAUGAAAGCGGAAGCCUGUAAAUAGGUGUAAUGUAUGUAUUAAUAUUUAGGGAGUCUCCAUCAAUCAUGCAGUGGGAACUGACCUUCCCGUGAUGUUUUAAAAAGAAAACGAGUCCUAUUUAUAUGUGUGUUGGCUGUUACCUUUAUUAGAGUUAUCGCUUUCAGCCCCUCAAGGCAGUUUGCUCUCCAUAGGCAUUUUAGAGUGAAUUAUUGCUGAAAGGAAGGUGGGACCAGCACAGUGAGCUCCCUUCCGGGAAUUUUUUUACAAUCUCGUUAUUUUUCUAGCUUCGUCAAUAUGCCCACAGCCUGUUUAGAUGGACCGUGGGAGACCCAAGGAGUUAAAAACGCCGCGGGCAGCGUCGGUCUUGUUUCAUCUAUGACCCUGGUUGUGGAGGAUUCAAACCCAGCUGUGCCUCGCUGCUGCGAUGGAGGGAGCGAGCAGAGCCUUGCUGCAGCUCUCACACGUACAGAACCUGAAGUUGCAAAUGUUCAUGGUGACAUUAUUGCUUAUGGGGUUUGUUGGCUGUUUUUUUUUUCCUCCCUUUUCCCGUUAUUUCUGUUAUACUGGGAGGGGUGUUACUGGGCGAAAAUAAAAUGCCUUUCCAUUA